GGCUCUCUACUCACUUUCUACCACUGGCAAUGAAAGAUACUAUUUGCUUUAUCCUGCUUUCUAAUCCUGUGCUGUUCACUGUCUGGAAAAGUUUGGUCCGUUUGCGUUGGGCGAAGAACAGCCAAAUAACUUGACACCCACAUUGGACUAUUUUACUGCUUCCUAAGUGGUGUUUUUACAUGAUGGGGCGUGUUUGUGUAAUCUUGUUUCUCCUUGGUACUUUCCGUUUAUGACCCUCGCCAGAUGGAUUCGUGAGUCAAGCACAUUCCCUGGGAGACUGGCCGUGAGCGACGAGCUCUGAGUUUUAAGUUUCUGAAGGGCCGCCGGUGUCACUUCCAACGUGGUCCUUCCAAGGUGACUUACGCUGGGUGCAAGCAAAGCAUAUCAGGCAACAUUUACACAGGCUGGAAUUAACGGAUUGGCAAACUGAUAUAGAGAGUACAAGCUGCAUUGAAGCAUUGGGAGUACCACAGUAUAUCACCAUUAAAGGCACAGGUCUCCAAAGAUAAAUACUUGAUCUCUAAGUUGUGAGGUUGUCGAUUCAGACUGUUUAUAAACCAGUUCAAUCCAGUCUAAUAUUGGUGUUUCUAACCGCGUGGGUUCCAGACUCUUCAUGUUCCUUCCAAACUCCUUGAACGGAGGUCGGAGGUUUUGUGAGAGGUGACACUUAUAUCAGUACUUCACCACCAAAGGAGCUCUAUUGUAUCUGAAAGCGGGCCUGAAACAAUGCCACGACGGGGAUAUUACAGCGAAACACUGAUUCCAAGUGACAGAGAUUUGCCGAUGGCUGCCGGGUAGAACGCUGUCACAGUUGUAGAAUUGAAAGGAACUGUCGAUGCUCUGUCUGUGUUAUUGUCUGUUCACUCUCGGGUUGAUCGGAAUGUUGAAAUCCAUCCUUUAUAUAGGCAAGCAAUGACAAUUGAGAACUACAUCAAGGAGAGCAUGAAGACAGAGAUGGCCCAGCUGCAGCAGAGUGCCGUUCACAACCACACGGCCGCCAUGUUGGAGAUGGGCACCAACCUCCUAUCCAAGACGGCCGAGCAGACGCGCAAGCUAACGGAUGUGGAGACGCAGGUUCUGAACCAAACCUCCAGACUAGAGAUUCAGCUGCUGGAGAACUCCCUGUCCACCAACAAGCUGGAGAAGCAGCUCAUGGUGCAGACCAAUGAGAUCAGCAAGCUCCACGACAAGAACGGGUUCCUGGAGCAGAAGAUGCAGGAGAUGGAGUCUCGUCACCAGGAGGAGUUGGAGAUGCUGCGGGAGGAGAAGGGCAGCCUGCAGGCCCUGGUGGCCAAGCAGAGUGGAGUGAUUCGUGAGCUGGAGACCCAGCUGACCAGGGCGACGGGCAACAGCACCGCCAUGCAGAGGCUGCAGCAGGAGAUGAUGGACACCGUGCACAACCUCGUCAGCCUCUGCAACAAAGACGGAGUAGUCCCAAACAGCACGAAGAGGGUUGACGAAGAGAAGAAGUUUCGGGACUGUGCCGAUCUGUACCAAGCUGGCUUCCACAAGAACGGGGUCUACACCAUAAAUAUCAAUGCCCAGGAGACCAAAAAGGUGCAUUGUAACAUGGAGACCGCUGGCGGCGGAUGGACGAUCAUCCAGCGAAGAGAGGACGGCAGCGUGGACUUCCAGAAAACGUGGAAGGAGUACAAGACGGGCUUCGGGACGGUUUCUGCAGAGCACUGGCUGGGGAAUGAGUUUGUAUACCUGCUGACCAGCCAGAGGCAGUAUGCCCUCCGUGUGGAGUUGACCGACUGGGACGGACACCAGGCCUUCUCCCUAUACGACCGCUUUCACAUCGACAGUGAGAAACGCAACUACAGACUGUUCCUGAAGAGUCACAGUGGGACAGCGGGCAGGCAGAGCAGUAUGGUGAUCCACGGGGCAGACUUCAGCACCAAGGAUAUGGACAAUGACAACUGCAUGUGCAAGUGUGCCCUCAUGCUCACAGGGGGGUGGUGGUUCGACGCCUGUGGCCCGUCCAACCUCAACGGAAUGUACUUCACCAAAGGGCAACACGUCGGGAAGCUAAAUGGCAUCAAGUGGCACUACUUUAAGGGUCCCAGCUACUCGCUACGAGCAACAACCAUGAUGAUUCGACCACUGGACUUCUCAUAGACAUCAAGUGCAUCUGGAAUGGCACCCUAUUCCCUAUAUAGUGCAAUACUUGGUUCAAAUUAGUGCACUAUAUAGGGAAUAGGGUGCCAUUUCAGAUGCAGUGUUAGACCUUCUGCCCACGCUCUCUGUUAGACCAAUGGGACAACUAGAUUGGGAGGAACUCUUCCUGCUUUACCCUGUUACUAUCGUCUCACCAUAACGAUUUUGGAGUUUGUGCAAAGGUGAACUCUACACCACCUGGCUGUUGCUUGGUAACUAUACUCCAGGAGUCAGCCUGGAAGUGUGGUUGGAGAGAAGAGGGCUUGUGGAACGAGAGGGGUCCCGUCUUAUCACAUAGCUGAACUGUGAGUGGUGAACUUGCUGCAGUUGGAGGACGUACUGCUUUGCUCACAUUUUUAUAUUUGAGGCAUAAACUCAAGUAGAGUUCAGCUCUCACCCCAGGCCUGUGGACUACUGGACUUCUCUCCUUCUUGGGAACUAACUGCAACAUGGCGGCUUUGCAUGUAUAUGUAGACUACCCAUAGACUACAUGAGAGACUGCAUAGACUCUUUCAGACGACAUGACUCCCUAUGAACUCUGUGCAUCUGGAAUGUCCUCACAACCAUAUGGGAGAUAUAUACAUUUUUAUAGAGGUGUUGCACAAAGACAUUGGGACAAUGAACAAUGUUUUGUAUUUCAAUGCUUUUUAUUCCUUUAUAGCCUAAUACAUUUGGAAUGACGUGAUGUUUUUUUUUUUACAUAAGUCUCUCUGGAUCGUUUCUGGAGAGGGAAAACCACAAGCUUACAGCUUACAAGGUCACCUUCCAUAUAAAAUGUUGGUCUAAUAUGUACUGCGGAAGCCAAAGGCAGUUCUGAGAAAAAGUAUGGCUCAGUAUACGUUUUUGCUGCCACAUAUAGUUGUUGUCCUGACAGAGUGCAAUGAUUAUCCUCCAAGUUCAAGAUGCCAUGUUAUUAUUGGAUUUGGCCACGGAUGGGGAUUUAUCUGCAUUUGCUAUUGGCUGACAAACAACCAAUGGUUGCCAAGGCUCAAUAUUUGUUGAUCUUCAUUCCUCAUUUAAAUACGAAAAAGAACAUACUGUAGUGAAUACAGGUUGCAUGUAAUAUUAAGGCAUUGCCAUACAGCAACUGGUAGAACUGUGUAUGAGAAGGACAACAUUAUUUGUUAUACCAAACCAAUUGAAGGUAGUGUAUAUUAUAUCAUACUUAUCUUUAUCUUAUGUAUAUUUGUAUGAUAAUGGUCCGUUUUCCAUCUCAAGUAUUGUUAUACAUCUAGCCCCCUAAAACGUGUAGACAUGGAUGGUGUAAUUCUAACUUUCCUGAGAGAUUUGGAUUUUACAUUUGAAAACACGAUAGUAUUGGGCAAUAGCAAAGUGUAGAUGAUUUGGACCAUUCCGACCACAUAUAAAACCCUACCUAGAAAUGGUGUGUGCUUGGAUCGGCGCCAUUAGAGUAAAAUAUAAUAAUCUACUCAACAAAUGUGUUAUCAGUUUAAAUGUUAUGCUGUCUACAAUGACUCAAUCCACAGUCUCAUAAAUGUUCCCUUCAAAUGGUACUCGUCAGUUUGCUUAGCUUUUGCAAUCCUAUGGCUUUAAAAAGGGGAAGAGGUUAUGUCAUGAGUAAUCGCCUUUUUAUGACUUCGGAGGUGCUAUAGGGCCUUGACAGAAAUGUGGUCUGUCCAUAUUUUGAGCUCUAACCACUGACCAAAAGAUAAGUCCCGUUUUUUAUUGGAAACACCCCACAAUGUCCCUCAAAUGUUUCUUUGCUGAGACAGACAACCGCACUGAACCCCAGAUCCAGACAGAUCUGUCUCUUUCAUCAAUGCAGCUUAGAAACUGUCGUUUUAAUAACGCUUAGCUGAGGCAUGAAAUGGAUGAUUCAUUUAAGUGUAGUGUGUGUACUUGUAUUGCAUUACUACCAGCAUGAAACAACAAGAAAGAAUGUACGGUUUAAUAUACAGUAUUACUAAGGGUAGGCUACAUAUACAUGUUGAAGAAGGACACAUGGUAUCUGGAACUCAUUACUAUGAAAUUACAUGUUUAUUAACAUACUCAAAUGGUAUAAUUUAAUGAGUGCAUAUGUAAAAUUACUUUCCUGAGGAAAGCUACUCCUUUUCGUUUUUGUUCCUCCAGAGUCACUGUGGUGUUUGAAGUUGUGCAUCAAAUGUAGAAGCAAUAAUAAUAACAUUUGAGAAACGUGCCUUAAAUGACUCUGCUUUUACCUCAUUAAACUGUAGAUUUGCUAUUUUAUUUAAACUACAUUUUUUUGUAACAAGUUGUCAAAAUGCCAUGUUUUUGGACGAAAUAAAAAAAGCAUGUGAUGCACUAAUGUUUUCAA